AUGAUUGUGGUAGAGCUAAAAGUGUUCUUGGCCAAGGAGAAACUAUUUGAGGCCAAAACGAAUUGUGUCCUCAUGACAAAGGAGGUCGUGAAACUACUGACCAACCUGGAGAAAGGGUCCAAAAGGGGGGACAAGAUCGUGGUUGAGUGCCAGGAGGUUGUUCUGUCGGUCUUUGAGGAGAUCAAGAAAAAAACCUUCAAAGAAGCAUGGGGUGCCACCCUUAAGGCUACGGGG